UUAAUGUUUUUUUUGAUGUUUUAUCUUAAAAUUCAUACUUAAAACAAUUAAGAUUCGUGUAAAGAAAAGUCACAAUUUGCGUUUUAUUGAUGUUGGGGCCUGAUUUAGUAAAUUAUGAUAUUUUUUUAUGUUGCGUAACCUUAGCCACAUGAAAUUUAACCUCAAAUUCAGCAAAACAUGUCAACAAAUCGAUGAUUUGGCGCCAAGUAUUGUGUAUUGUGUUUUAGUGCAGUUUUUAGAAUGUUAACUAAGCAAAAAAUGAUUUAGAAACAAUGAAGGACCCAACUCCGACUAAGACCGGUAAAAAAUUAUCCAAGAAAAACAAGCAAUCAAAUGAGGGUACCCCCCAAACUCUCUCCAAUGGGCCCCCCGCGUCCUCCACAAUCAACGCAUUUCAAUUUAUGAUGAACAGCAGACAUCGGAGUAUCGGGGGGAAUUCUCCUGGGCGUGAAAUUGACUCAAAUGACUCGGAAACAGCCUCAGUUAAAAGUGUCUUAAAGGAGAGGAAAAGUCGGUUUGAGAGUUGGGCGGAGGCCAAGGGGGCUGCCAAACGUAAAAGAGAAUAUGAGGAAAUCGGCAACUGCAUCACUUCCAAGCUCGAAAAAAGAGGAAAACGGUUGAAAAAGUUAUUGAAUAUUGAUUGUCAAAGUGACGAUGAAGUUGUCACUAAAAGGAGGAGCAAAUGUGUUGUCAUUGACAGUGACAGUGAAAACGAGGCACCAGAUUGUGUUCAAUUGACACCAAAUGUCAAAAAGUGGAAAUUUAAGAUCAAGUUGGCUAUAGACAAGAAAGCGUCUGUUGAAAAUGCCUCUGUCAACAACGAACCAAGUGCUGAAAAUGCCUCCGUCACUGUUGAAAAUGCCCCUGUCAACACCCAGGCAAGUGCUGAUGAUGCGUCUCUCGCUGUUGAAAAUUCCCCUGUCAUUGACAAUGCCUCUGUCAAUCCGCAGUCUAGUGACAGUGGCAUUGACGUCGUCGAAGUUGACAUAGACCCAGCCAACUCUGUUUCCGACGAAAAUGCCUCACGGAGAGUAUUACGAGAACGAAAACCGAAGAAAUACGAUGUUUUUUUUUUACUUUCUGAUUCUGACGAUGAGAAGAAAAGGAAGAAGAAGAUGAAAGUGGCACCAGUUUUCUUAAAAGCUGUGCCUAAACCGAAAUUAGAUCCGGAAGCAAUGGAAGCAAAAAGACAGUUUUUGAUGAGUGGUAUUCCUUCUUCAUUGAAGAAAGAAAUAGAAAAAUUGCAAUUUACUGAAGAGCCGGAUUUUGAUGUUUUUCCGAUUGUAAGUCACGUCCAGCAAAUAUCUAAGGAUAAUAUUUUUUGGGAUUUACCCAAAGUUGAUUUAAAAUUGACAAGUCUAGACGAAAAAAAGCAAAUUAUGCCUUCUGUUAUUGACAAUUUGCUCAAUAUUAGCGAUGGUGAAAAGAAAAUUUUCCAAGAGCAAUUUGUGGCCCCAAAGAAAAUAACGAAUUUAAAAAUAGUUAUCAAAGAAAUAAAAUUACAGAAUCCCAAUUAUCCGGUUUAUAAGACAUUUAAUUCGUUGUAUGAGAAAAGCGGUUAUAAAAUUGAAACAGUGAAAGAGGUAACGCCAAAACGUCGCGGUCGUAAAAAGAAAAAUCCCCUAGAAAAACCCCCAGAAAUUGCGGUAAAAACCGGUGAAAAUCACCAACACACGAUGUGGACCGAAAAAUACCGAGCGAGGACCUCUCUCGACAUAAUCGGCAAUCACAAAGUCGUCUCAUCUUUAAAAGCCUGGCUUUCCCAUUGGUCCCUUAAAGAAAACAAAAGACGCAACAGCGAAUCAGAUUUCGACAUUACCGACAGCGAUAGUCGCGAUAGUACCACAUCCGGCAACACUGUAAUUCUCAAGGGACCCCCCGGAAGUGGCAAAACUUCGUCCAUUUACGCCGUUUGCAGCGAACUCGGCUACAACAUCCUCGAAGUCAACGCAUCGAGUAAACGGACCGGUAAACGUCUCAUUCAAGAGUUACAAGAAGCCACCCAAUCGCAUCAAGUUAAGAAAAAACAAAACACGAGCAAAUGCGUCCUAUUGGUCGAAGACGUGGACGUGGUUUUCGACCAGGAUGAGGGUUUCAGUGCUGCCCUCUCGCAGAUAAUGUCAACGAGUAAACGACCAAUUGUUUUAACAACGACCGAUGAGCCAUCUAGCGCCAUCCAAAGAAUCAUAAACGAUUGUCGGGUGUUUCAUUUCUCGCCUUUGACGUCAAUUUUGACAGUUUGGUUACAAAUUUUGUGUUUGAUUGAAGGUUAUUUUGUCAAAAUUGAGUCACUUGGGGAGUUACUAGCGUAUAAUAGGGGCGACAUCAGACGGACUUUGUUGCAAUUACAACUGUGGGUCACAUCGGGUGGUCAACCUGACGGAAAUCAUGUUGGUAGCACUGGCGGUGACACUAGUGUGUCAAUUGAUAUAGAAGACGAUCCAAACUUGUUCGGUUUGGACACAGAGGGCGCUAGUGACGCGAUUCAAACACAUUCGAAUUGUGUGGGUCAGGUCUUGACCAAUUUUAAGUCGUUUAGUUGGCCACACUGUAAUAAUUUUGAAUUGAUGUGGUGGAACUUUCCCAGGAUUUUAAAUAUGCCCGACUUUUCCAAUUAUCGAUUAAAUCGGGAAAAUUGUGAUUUGACGGGGGGGAAAACCGAGAAAGUGAAGUUUCAAGCUUUAGUCAAUUGUUACGAUUCGUUGGCUUUUGCUGACGUCAUUUGUGGGAAAAACCGGUUUGAGGAAAGUUUAGAGCGGACAUGGCGGAGCAAAGAAAAGGAUAGUCUGACCCUUGAGGAGAAUUUCUCUCUUUUUAAUAAUUCCACUGAUUUAAGCAAUGAAAUAGCACAAUUUUUAUUAAGUGGUCAAAUAAAUUAUUUUAAGGAUAAUUUUGAUAAUUCAAGGGUUGAGUUUGAUGUUACACUGCCGGGUCAAGACGAACGAAGGUGGCGCUUGAAACAGAUCGGGUCCGAGCAAAGAUUACAGAAAGCUUUAUUACCGGCCGAGUGUCUACACCGAGGAGACUUGGCUUUGGAUUACAUGCCGGCUUUGAGGAGUAUAGCACGGUCUGAAUUCGAGCGAGCGGCACAUAAUACGAAAAGGAGGAACCGUUUUUAUAGCUAUUUGAAUAAUUUAGGGGUUCAUGGGAGUGACAGCAUUUAUAAGUCGGCCUGUGAUGUUUUUAAAAUUUGAGUUGUGUACAUGCGAGAAAUAAAAACAUUUAUUAUUU